AUGGGUGUUUCGAUCACCGGUGAAACUGAACUGAUCCGCCUCUCCGCGGUCGAUUUCUUCACGGGAUCAGUCCUUCUCGACAACCUCGUCCAGCCCUCUGUACCCAUGUUGCACUACAACACCAGAUACUCGGGGGUUAGUUGGACGGACAUGCAAGUGGCCGUUCAGAACGGUACCUGCAUCCAUGGGCGAGACAUGGCUCGUGAAAUGUUGUGGAAGCACAUCCGGCCGUGGACGAUUGUCGUGGUUCAUGGAGGGCGCAACGACUUUGAAGCGCUCAGAUGGAUCCACACACGGGUCAUUGACUCUUUCAUUCUCGAGUCUUAUACGGGUAUAGAAACCGAGGGAGGCAGGUCGUUGCAAAACUUGUGCAAGCUGAAGCUGGGUAUUGCUGUGCAGCAGAAGGAUGUCCGCAAGGGCCAUGACAGCCUCGAAGACGCCAUGGCAUGUCGGGAGUUGGUCAUCGACUGGAUGAAGAAGAUUCCAGACGCUUAA